AUGUCCAUGUUGUCGUGCCGUGUGUUGUGUCUGUUGGCCAUUGUGCUCUGUUGUGUGGGUGUGGCCCAUGCUAAUGCUUCAGGUCAACAAACAGUUGUCUCAAGAUUUGUUGAGCAGGCAAAGAAGUUGGCGGGAGUGACCAAGGAACUGAAAGAAAAGUGCGUGAGCGCCGGCAAUGCUGCUCGACAGGCAGCGGAAGAAGCUCAUGUAUUUGCUGUUACCACUCAAAAGAAACUUGAAACCAUUGCUGCUAAUCCAGAAGAGGUGAAAAAAACGAAGAGUAAAGGUGAUGAACUCAUUAAAAAUGCAAUGAAGGCUGCAGCUGAAGCAGAAAAAGUGCGCGAACAAACUACAGACAGUGCAGAUAAAACUGACGAGGAAGUCGUUGUUGUUGAGUUACACGCAGGAAGUUCUGAUUCACUACCGCAAGAAAUUGUGGAGGUAUCGAAUGUAAUUAAAGAUGCACGAAACGCGGUAUUUGAGGCUGGAGACCAUGUCGACGCUGCAAAAACUUAUGCGAAUGAUGUGAAGAAUGUCCUGCAGAAACUCGAUGCCGCAGUUGUUGCAGCUGCCAAAGAGAGGGAGAAGGAAAAACAGGUGGAGUCUCAACCACAGCCACAGGAACAGACAAAUGAAACAUCUCUUCCACCCACGAAUGCUACAAUAACGAAUGGCACCAAACGAAAUGACGGCAGCAGCAGCCCUGCGUUACUGCGUGUUCCACUCCUGCUGCUGCUGCUGCUCUCUGUGCUGGGCUGCAUGGCCGUGUGCUGA